AUGCAACACACCUCAGUAGCAAGCAAUAUGACAUCCAAAAUAGCAUCCAAAAUUGACAGAAUUAAUUAUAAUGAGGAUUCACGAGUCCAAUGGCGGAAUGCCAAUCUGAAUAGACGCAAUUACGCGUAUAUAUACGGCGAACCGGUAUCUGGAAAAUGGAAAGCUACUGUUUUCCUGCUGCAUGGUUUCCCAGAUCUGGCCAUAGGAUGGCGCUAUCAAAUCCCCCAUCUUCUCAAUCUCGGCUUCAGAGUCGUUGCUCCUGAUCAACUUGGUUAUGGACGGACUGAUGCCCCCGAUGAUCCCAAAGAAUACGCCUUCAAGAAAAUAGCGGCUGAUCUCGCACAACUUGCUCAUCAACUUGGAGAAUCUCGGAUUGUGCUUUGUGCUCAUGACUGGGGUGCGGCAUUAGCGUACUCGAUCUACCACCACCAGCACAGCCUAAUCUCACAUAUCAUAACCGUCUGCGUGCCUUACUCUCCUCCACGCACAAAUUAUAUCCCAUUAGAAGAGCUGGUAGACAAAUUCCUGCCUAGUCUUGGGUAUCAAUUGCAAUUCCGAUCUGGAGAAGUCGAGAAGGCUGUUCGUUCUAAAGACGAUGUUCGGCAGUUUUUAACGAUUAUGUAUGGCGGACGGACUGCUGAGGGAGAAGGCGGAUGGUCAGCUUCAAAGGGAGUUAAACUAGAUAAACUGGGCAGUUUUCGGGAGUCGCCGCUCUUGAAAGGCGAGGAUCUUGAAUACUACGCCACCGAAUUCUCUCGCUACGGCAUCCAUGGACCACUGAACUGGUACAGACUCACAGAAAUCAACUUCAACGACGAGAAACAGUAUGCCUCAACACCCAAGAUUGAGGUUCCUUUACUCUUCAUCCAGGCUCUGAGAGAUCCGGCCUUGCCACCAGAAACUAUGGGCAAGUCCAUGGGUAAGGCGAUUCCAGAUCUAACGGUUAAGAAAUUGAAUACGUCUCAUUGGGCGUUGACGGAGGAUCCAAGGGGUGUCAAUGAGGCUGUUGAAUUUUUUUUGGGCAAGUAUUUCCCGGACAAGGAGAGGAGUAGCUUGUAA